CUCAAACCGCCCAUAUGGCCUCUCAUAUAAAUAGAACCCAAAGAACCCUAACACUUCAUUCUCUUCAUUCUCAUCCUUAAAUCGAUUCUCGUCGAUUACCAAAUUACCCUUCUCUCUCUCUCUGUUUUUCAAAAUCAAAUUCUAUCAAAGCCCAGAAUAAUCUGAUAAGCUUGAUCACAAAAAAGUCAAAUUGACCGGGUUUUACUAACCGAGUUCCGAUUUCAAUACUGAUCACCGAGUCGGCUCAGGAAAAAAAAAAUCGAUGGAGCAGAUCCAGAUUGCCACCGAUGAUAUCCACAAGGAGGAGGAGGAGGUUUCUCCGAUGGUAGAGGAUCACGAUUCCGGGUCGGAUCGCUCCGAAUCGGACCAUAACGAUCAAAAUUCCGACGAGUCUGAUUGCGAGAGCGAGGCGGCGGAUUCGAAUCCCGGUGAUGAUAAUGCCGACGAUCAAUUUAGGGUUUUCACCAGAAAUGGGUUUAUGUCUCGAGUGGAUGGAUCGAGCGCGCAAUACGAGACGAUUCUCAAGAGCUUUGGUGUGGGGAUGGGAUCGGCUGCGGGAGUUACGGAGGUUGUGGCGGUGCACAAGUUUCUGGUGUCCGCAAUGGCCGGUGGGCCCAGGGUCCGGAUAUUUCGGGGGUUUGCGAACGCGGUGGGGACCAAAUGCGGGGGGAACCCCAACAUUAGGUAUGCUUGGUAUGGCGGAUCGAGGGAUGAGAUUGCUCGGAUUGUGGCUCAUGGGUUUGGUAGUUUGAAUGGUGACGAGUGUGGUCGGAUUCAACUGAAUGCGGUGAAGUUUGCGUUGGAUGGGGCAAAGGCGUUGGAGGUUGGUGAUGAUGGGCUCAGGCAUAUGCUGCUGUGCCUUGUUGUAUUGGGGAAGAUGGAGGAGUUGCCUAGUUGUUCUGCACAGGUUAAAGCUAGUUCGGAUGAGUUUGAUACUGGUGUGGAUUGUGUUGUGAAUCCUCGGAGGUAUUUUGUGUGGAGUAAUUGCAUGAACUACGCUUGUCCUGCUUUUGUGGUGAGCUUCAAGGGUCCUGCUAGCUUGGAGGGUUAUGCGACGACGGCAAGUACUACUACUACUCAGAGGGGGAGAGUCGCUAGCGCUAGCGCUAUGGGGAAUGCUCUCAACAAGCGAUCAGCGCGUGGAGGAUAUAUUUCUCUUGGUGCUCUGGUGGCCGCGCUGACGAGGUUCUUGUCUCCGAGAGAAAUGAAGAUAAUGGUCAGAUUGCUGGAAGAUUUCAGGGCAAAGAAGUUUGACGUAGAAGAGUUGAAGCGAAAAGCGAAGCUCAUAGCUGGUGACAAGUUGUUCUCGGCAAUGAAAUUGGCGGCUGUUAAGGGGAGUGGUACUGUUGGUGGCUUGCAGCUGGUGAAUGGAUCAGUACGAGAUAUAUAUCUCCCUGGUCUGAUAACAGUGCUUGCAGAGUUCUUGCCUGCUACGAAGAUUGAAAUGCUUAGCAAAAGCCUUGGGGAUUUCAAGGAUAAGAAGAUAAAUCGAUCUCAGCUGGCUAAUAGUGUGAGAGCCAUUGUUGGCAAUGACAAUAUGUUGGUUGCAGCAAUCAACUCUUACAGAAUCAAAAAGCAGCGGUUGCAAGACAAGCAGUCAGUUGUGUGAAGAUGAUGAAUUACUAGCCCUUGGUUAAACUAGGAUCCAUUUUCGUUUUGGUUACAAGCUUAGUCCUGCAUAUGCAUUCAUAUGUUCCUUCACUUUUUUCCAUGAUAACAAAUGUCUAGUGUCCUAUUCCACAUUUCCAUUGCAGAAAUAAGGUGGAUGUAAUCUGAUUCAAGUGAAGGAACAAAUGUAACAAGACUUCUUUUCUGGCUCUAUUAGACCUAGUAGUCCUGAUAUUGUAAUAAGAAACAUUUUAUGUUAAUAAAGCAUAGUAGUUCUAGAAUUCUUCAUC